CAGGCCCCGCCCCUUCCGCCCCCCGCCCGCCGGGGCCGGAGGUGCCAUAGAGAGCGGGGGAGGGCGGAGUAGAGCGGCCGGGCCCAGGGAGCGGGAUGGCGACGGCGAUGGGGCUUCGGCUCCUGUCUCUCUCCCGAGGGGCUCUCCGCGCCCGGCGCGGCUACCGGGGGGGCUCCCCGGCCGACUCGCGGAAGGACCUGCUGGAGAUCCCCCUGCCCCCCUGGCAGGAGCGGCCCAGCGAGCCCCUGCAGGCCAAGAGAGCCCGGCUCCUGUACGAGAGCAGGAAGCGAGGCAUGCUGGAGAACUGCCUGCUGCUCAGCCUCUUUGCAAAGGAGAAUCUGAACAGCAUGACUGAGAGGCAGCUGAACCUCUAUGACCGUCUGAUCAACGAGCCCAGCAAUGACUGGGAUAUUUACUACUGGGCAACAGAAGCAAAGCCCACCCCGGAGGUGUUUGAGAAUGAUGUCAUGGUGAUGCUGAGAGAGUUCACCAAGAACAAGAACAAGGAGCAGAGGCUGCGGCAGCCGGACCUGGAGUACCUCUUUGAGCCUUCACAGUGAGGCACCCUGUCUGCUCCGGGAUCCUCUUCUCAUCCCUAGCAGCAGUGGCUGAGGUGCCUAUACCUAUUUGGCAGCCUGCAGUGCUGCAGUCCUGGUUCCUGGAAUCCUCCACCCCGUGGUUGCUUCUACCCGGGUUUCCAAACCCCACUGAAUAAAGUUUCAAGCACUAUCCCUGACCGUGAGAAUUUCUACGUGGAUUUGUCCCACUGUUGUACGGGUGCAGCAGUCCACCUCAGAAGUGGCUGCAUUUCAGUGGCACUGUAUGUAUAUAGCUUGUAGAGCAUCUUGGUGUGAGAGAAAUAGAAGGUGAUAGCAUUA